CGUUAUUAUCAUAUCUAGAGAAGCCUGAGCUUUAGUCGCUGUGCGUCGCUUGAAGAGCUCUAACAGAUUGAGCAAGGGGAGACACGGAGAACGUAUAUGACACGACAAGAAGUGGAAUAUGAAACAAUAAAAAAACAAGAGAGAGAAAAACUCAGGGAAUAAAACAAAUAUGGAGGCAUCAACGUGGACUGUGGGUCUGGCAGUGGUGUUACUGUUCAUUGUGUAUUGCUGGAGGAAGUUUUCGUAUUGGUCAUCACGUGGUAUUCCCUCAAUCCCCGUUUUUCGCACCUUUUACAUUUAUCUCCACAUGAUCUUCAAGCGUACUAAACCCUUUUGGUACUUCCUAAAUGAGACGUAUCACGAGAAUGAAGGGAACAACUUCGUAGGCGCCUACGAGAUCUUCAAGCCGUCCCUGAUCGUGCGUGACCCUGGGCUAGUCAAGCGCAUUAUGAUUCAGGACUUUGACCACUUCAGCGAACGAAGGACAGUUGGUAAAUCCAAGAAAGACGAAUGCUUUGGAGAAAUGCUUUUUCUCAUCAACGGCAGCCACUGGAAAGGCGUCAGGUCUAUUAUUUCCCCAACUUUCACCUCCGGCAGGAUGCGUCAAAUGUACCACCUAGUGGAGGAGAAAGCAGAUGCUUUAAUAGAACGUCUUCAGCGACACUGCGAAGAGAAAUCUUUCGUUAAGACAAAGACAAUUUACGCCCGUUAUGUCAUGGAUGUUAUAGGUACCUGUGCUUUCGGUAUCGAGUGCAACUCCAUCAACAAUGAGGAGGAAGAAUUUUGCAAGAAAGCAAGUGAGCUGAACGCCAUCAGCGCGCGGGGAACAUUACGGGGAAUAGCUCUGUUAACGCUACCUAAUUCAGUGUUGAAUGCAAUCGGGAUUUCUUUUACCACUCCACCGUUCCUGUUCUUCCAGCGCGUGGUGGAGGAGACAAUUAAGAAUAGAGAGAUGGGAGUGAAGCGGGGAGACUUCCUGGACCUGUUGCUAGAACAGCGGGAGGAGCAGAGCAACUCGAACACCAAGACACCUAAGUACCCUAUAAAAGACUCGACGAUCGUCGCUCAGUCCGUCCUGUUCCUUAUCGUGGGUCAUGAAACUAUAGCCGGCACCAUGGCCUUCGUCUCCUACUACCUGGCCCGCAACCCACACCUCCAGCACCGACUUCGUCAGGAACUGAGGGACAUAGUGGAAGAACACGGCACGCUUACCUACCAGACCAUCAUGGAGGCGCCAUUCUUAGACGCCAUUUUCUCAGGUGAUGAACAGUUACUUAACUUUUUAGAUAUUUUUUUAUUCUUUCUUUUUUAUUUACUAAUACUUUUAGAGGUUUGAAAUAAAGUAGAUGCUCGUGGUUACUCUUCAGCUGCGUUACCAAGAGAAAGCCGAGCACCGUUUGGCUCGCAACACUAAAUUUGCUGUGGAAUAACGACAUUGGAUCAACGCUUCCAUGGAAGAGUUGUAAAAUCAUGGGAAAUUACUGGCGAACCGAGGCACGGUGCUCUGUGGC